AUGGCCAAUGAGCCAGCUUCGAGCCGUCGCUCCCUAUCGCCAGAGAGCUCGGGUAGAGACUCGCCUCUACCGACCCGACAAUGGCGAAAUCAACUAGGCUCUGCGACAGAGGACGCGCCAUCCAACGACAAAGCUUACCGCAAGUACGCCUCUGGAGUUGAGAGAGCUCUAACCUUGUUCGAAACCGCACUUCAAGAAUGGGCAGACUACAUCUCCUUCCUCAACAGACUUCUGCGGGCAUUGCAAGCCCGACACAACUCCAUCACAACCGUACCCUCCAAGGCCACUAUCGCGAAGAGACUAGCCCAGUGUCUCAAUCCAUCUUUGCCUUCCGGUGUCCACCAAAAAGCCCUCGAGGUGUACAACUACGUCUUUACCACUAUAGGCCAAGAUGGUCUCGCUCGGGAUCUCCCAUUAUACCUUCCCGGACUGGCAUCGACCCUGUCAUUUGCAUCCCUUUCCGUCCGGGCCCCAUACCUUGAUAUCCUCGAAACCCAUUUUCUGCGGCUGGAUCCUCGGUCUCUGCGACCAGCAAUGAAGUCAAUCGUGCUGGCACUAUUGCCGGGUCUGGAGGAGGAGACCAGUGAGGACUUUGACCGUACCAUGAAGCUUAUGGAAAACUUUAAAGUGGCCAUACGAUCCCCAGGGAGUGAAGAACUGACCGACGUGCAUUCGACUGGCGACGAUUUCUUCUGGCAGUGCUUUUUCUUAGCAUCCAUCACCAGUCAUAGCCGAAGAGGCGGUGCAUUGGCAUAUCUCGUGAGAACAUUGCCCAAGCUAGGAGAACCUAUAUCUUCGGCACCUCCCAAGGACGACGGGACCAACAAUGGGGACCAAGCAGACUUGUUUAUUCAGCUCGGACGUAUUGUUACAUCACCGGAGCCGGGUCUACUCCUUCGGUGCUUCGCCGCAGGCUUGGCUGACGAGCAGCUCCUGAUCCAAAGAGGAUUCCUAGACCUCCUGGUCACCCACCUGCCACUGCACUCCAAGGUACUGCAAACCAGGGUCAAGCCUGCCGACCUAGAGCUUCUCCUGCGGGCUGCUUCUGGCGUCGUCAUCAGGAGAGACAUGAGUUUGAACAGGAGACUUUGGGCAUGGUUCCUGGGCCCCGAUCCCCCGGCAGCCGACAACGAAAGCACCGUCGAAUCUCCGCUGUCAGUCGAGCACCCACAAUCCUACCUCACUUCCAAAACGAGCUACUUUGAAGAUCAUGGGCUCCAUUCCUUGACUCAGGCAUUACUGGCUAUGAUCCAGGCAUCCUCAGACGCAAGUCCAACGGAGAGAGCUCGGCCCUACAGGAUAUGCCUUUCGCUGAUGGACCGCUGGGAGAUCGGAGGGCUUGUCGUGCCUGAAGUCUUCUUGCCCAUCGUCGAUAGUGUCCGCCAGUACAAGAGUCAGUCCUCCAACAAGAAUGACUUCAAUGAGGUUUUCAAGAGUGCCAGUGUCUUCUUUGACGGCGUCGAAAGUGGCCUCAUCUAUGGUGAGAUGGUUAGCCUGCUGGCGCAAGCAAUUGGUCCCAGUAGUCUCUCCACAGCUCAGCGACUGGAUAAGCUGGACCUCGUCACCUUCAUACUCGCAAAUUUCAACAUUAGGGAGGAGGAAAUGAUAACCAUACACGCACCUCUUACCGCCCUCAGCAUACUCUGCAUGUUGGAGGAUGCUCAAGACAGACAGAACAAUCCAGAUCAGGCGACGCUGCGACUCGAAGCGGUCACCGAGAGGAUCCUAGAAAUCGCCCUGUCACUUUUCGAUCUUAUUCCCGACAGGGCUUUUCCGACGCAGGACAAACCAGCAAGGACAAUGGAAGCCGCUGUGUUGGUUUCAUUGCCUGUCAUCGAGCUCUUGAAGCGCAUCAAGGCCUUCUACGUCAACGACCAGGGAAGUCUGGAUGCCGCUAACGCUCCUUUCACUCCAGUGGAAAUCCUCCUCAAUCCAUACGCGGAGUCUCUGUCAAGCCUACAUCUGGAGGAGCCCCUCAUCGAGCGGUUGUCCCAGUCUCUUACGGGGCCUGACCCGUACGUUCAGGUGCUUCUUUUGGAUGUCGUUUUUGCGACGCUGAAGAUAAGACAUCACGUUUCACCUGAACUGCCCACAUCGCCGAUGUCAGAAAAGGGCAAACUGAGCGUCGAACCGAACAGGGGCCCUCGAUCUUCCAUGCAACAUGAAGAAGGACCACGCAUCCUGUCUCCUCCGCCCUCACUUCUAAAGUGUCUACAAUCCGGCUUGAGUGCAACGAGCAGUCGCAGCGUGCUCGACAGCUGGGUCAGCUUCCUCACGGAGUGUCUCCCACUUUACUCGGAUACAAUCUUCCAAGUUCUUAUUCCCCUGGUCGAGACGCUGUGUAAGCAAGUCUCGGCUACAUUUGAUAACUUGCAGACCACAUUCAGAGAUGCGCACAGCGUGGCCUCUGAUGAGUGGAAUGCGCCCGAAUCAACCCUCAUAUCACUGCUGAACGCACUCGAGCAGGUCCUAGCCCGCGGACACGAGCGCCUCCUGGCUGAAGAGGCCAGGACGCAAGUGGUCAAGGGCCCGGACCAACAACAAGGGUUCUUCGGAAACAUGGUCUCUGGCGUCUUCGCAUCAGACGGAUCACAUUCGCGCAGCGUAACAGCCAACGACCGGCUCACUGUGCACCUAGCUUUCCAAGAUGCGGUGCGCAUUUGUUUCACCAUCUGGUCUUGGGGCCAAGGAGCAGAUGUCAGGGCGCAAGACAUCACAUCCGUCUCGUCUUUCAACUAUACGUCUCUGCGGAUGCGGAACAGGGCACGACGUCUCUUGGAGCACCUCUUUGCGGCAGAGACGCUAGAGUGCCUGGAAACAGCCAUUGGCAUCUGGCGCGCCUCCAUCGAAGUAUCUGCAGUAGCACAGCAGUCCGAGGUUUUCAAGCUUCUGCCGGCCCUCGACGGUUCUCGACCUCGGCAUACCAUACCGGCGAUCUUCAAUGCAAUCUACAGCAGGACUAAUCCUCAGGCUCUCGAUCCAGCCAGGAGGUCAACACUCACUAUUUCUCUGCAAGAUACCGAUCUGGUCACCUUUCUCGUGGAAUAUGCCCGCUCGCUUGAGGACGACGCAAUGGAUGAGAUCUGGCAGGACUGCAUGGCUUUCCUCAGAGACUUACUUGCCAAUCCUUUCCCGCAUCGGCAGACCCUUCCCAGCCUACUUGAAUUCGCAGCUAUACUCGGUGAAAAGGUCGACAAUACCAACUUUGGCGAGCAGCGGAAGAUGCGUCGUGAGCUUGGCGACCUGUUCCUCCGUCUAUUGACGGCCAUCUUCACUACAAAACCCAUGUCAUUUGCCGAAACAGCCUCGGACAAGGGCGACAAGUCCCGAGACAUCAGUCGGCGAACAACCAUGAACAGUCUUGAUAGAGCCGAGGAUGUGGUCGCUAUACUAGCCUCGAUCGUCCCGACCCUGCCCAAGGUCUUGGUCGAAAAUGACCGUGUUCUCUCAGCAGCGGGCACGAUCGCCGCCAACGUCAUUGGCCCGGCUUUUCGAGCAAAGGGUUUCCCCGAAACGGUCACCCACAGCACUCUCGAGCUGCUGCAAGAACUGGCCAGGCUACCCAACAACCAGAAGACGUGGAAGAAGGAUGUUGGCGAUGCUUUCAAUGACGGCAGAUUCUUCGGUACCGGUCUGCCUCUAGUGCGGAGUGAAUGGUUGCCCCUGCUGCGUCAAUGGACUCUUAGUGACAAGGACCGCAUGCCUGACAUCUUGGCUCGCAUCAGCCCCCCUACGACUGCAGGUAUCGUAUUCGGCGUCGGUGCGACAUCUGCCAGGCUCGAGGCCGACAGGAAGACACAGCUCAAUCUGCGCAGGGUAGCUACUCUCGUGCUUGCGGCUAGCGAAGACACCUUUGUGUCAGAUCUCCCUACAAUCUUGGAGAAAGUGGUAGAGCUGCUGGGUGCCACUUCGACAUCGUCUCCGUCCUCUAGCACUAGGUCAGAUAUCUUCAUGGUUGUGCGAGCCUUGGUCCUGAAGACGAGCGCCAUUCAUCUCGCCAUGAUGUGGCCGAUCAUCAACGCGGAGCUACACUCUGCCAUUUCGUCCGUCGUAGCACCCGACCACAGCUCAGCAUCGGAAACGUACAACAACAUAUCCAUUCUCCAGGCGUGUAAACUGCUCGACCUCCUCAUUUGCGUUGCGCCAGACGACUUCCAGCUGCACGAGUGGUUGUUUAUCACGGACACGAUUGACGCCGUCUACCGAGCGUCCAACUACCAGCCUGUCGCCUUGGUCGACGAGCUCUCAGAAGAGUUGGGCCAGGUCGCCGCCAACUCGGCUUUCCACAACGAGUCGGCGGCGCAUCUAGCCGCCAGCAGCUCGCACAGACGGCCUCUUCUUGGCGCGGGCGGCAUCAAGGACGAGGUGACGAUCGACCGGAAAGACGAGCUCGUGGCCAAGAUUUUGCGACCCUUUUUCGGCCAGCUCAGCAUAUUUGCGUUUGAAUCUACAUAUGCGAUGGCUCCGCUAGACUUGGAGUUUUGCAUCGAGGGACUGCUCAAGGACGUGUUUGAUGAACGCACCAUUGUACGGGCAUUGUAG